AUGGCCGACUGGGGAAAGUGCCUGGACUUUGGCGUCUCUAUUGCCAGACAGGCUAGAACGGUGGUUUUGGAUGCUUUCGAAGCUCAAAAGGUAGUUUCCCUGAAGACCUCACCUGCUGACCUUGUGACUGAGACCGAUCAGGGGGUGGAAAAUCUUCUCAUAUCUGCUAUCAAGGAGAAGUACCCAACACACAAGUUUAUUGGGGAGGAGUCUGUGGCUGCCGGUGCCAGCCCCGUUUUGACAGACAGCCCCACCUGGAUCAUCGACCCCAUUGAUGGUACCACCAACUUCGUACACAGGUUCCCCUUUGUGGCCAUUUCUAUUGCUUUUGCAGUGAACAAGCAGACGGAGUUUGGGAUUGUCUACAGUUGCAUGGAGGACAAACUCUACAGGGCCCAGAGAGGGAAGGGGGCUUUCUGCAACGACAUCCCCCUCCGCACUUCUGGACUGGAAGAUAUCACAAAGGCGCUGGUGGUCACCGAGAUUGGCACAGAGCGAGAUGACCUUUCACUGAGCACCUUGACCUCUAACAUCUACAGGCUGCUGAAAAUUCCCAUCCACGGUAUCCGAGCUGUGGGCACAGCCGCGGUGGACAUGUGCCUGGUGGCGAGCGCCGGGGCGGACGCCUAUUACCACGUGGGCAUGCACUGCUGGGACAUCGCCGCCUCCGCCCUCAUCGUCUCCGAGGCCGGGGGCGUGGUCCACGACAUUAGCGGCGGCAAGUUUGACCUCAUGUCCCGGAGGGUGAUUGCAGCGAGUAGCCGCACGGUGGCAAGGGGGAUCGCCCAGGUGGUAGAGGCCUUUCCCUGUGAGCGUGACGACGGGCUCCCAGACGCCGAUCAAGCCAUCGGAGCAUUGACCCAACGGGAUGGACACUGGGUUUCAAAUGACUUUUUAAAACUGCCUUGUGACAAACCAUGUGGAAUUGUUAUUGAAUCCGUGUAA